UCAUUAAACUCACUCACUCACUCUCCCGGUCGCUGUCUCUGUCCGGAAGGUUGCUUUCAGCAAAACCGCCUGUUGGGAUUCAUUUCAGUGGUGAGCUACAAACAGACACGCUUUCCUGCCGUUUUCUGUCUAUCCCGGACGUCUGUAGUAUAUUCGUGUGUUUGCGAGCCUGCUGUGUGUUUAUUCUAUUAUAACGGAAUACACUCGAAUCUUCUCCCUGUGAAGAAAGAGGCGACGGACCGCCUGAACUCAACUAGCCGCUAAAGUAUCAUCUCGGUGGGGGUCUUGUUUUGUGUUUAACGGAGGACCCUGGUUCUGAGAACCCCCACAAAAUGGAGAAGUUAGAGAAGGGAAUCAAGCCAGUGGAAGAGUGUGAAUCUCCCGAGGACGAAGUGGUUGACCCCCGGAUCCAGGGGGAGUUGGACAAGUUGAACCAGUCCACAGAGGACAUCAACCGCUGGGAGACAGAGCUGGAGGACUGUCGUCAGAGGUUCCGCGCGGUGCUGGUGGAAGCCACGGUGAAGCUGGAUGAGCAGGUGAAGAGGAUCGGCAGAGCUGUAGAAGACUCCAAACCUUACUGGGAGGCCAGGAGAGUGGCCAGACAGGCCCAGCUGGAGGCCCAGAAGGCGACAGGUGAGUUCCAGCGUGCGGUGGAGAUCCUGGGGGCGGCUAAAGAGACCAUCGCCCUAGCAGAGGAGAGACUCCUGGAGGAGGACAGCAGACAGUUUGACUCAGCCUGGCAGGAGAUGCUUAACCACGCCACCAACAGGGUGAUGGAGGCGGAGAUGACGAGGACUCGUAGCGAAUUAGAGCACAGAAAGACGGCGAACCACUACAACGCCUGCAUCAGUCAUAUGAGACAGCUCGAGAAGAAACUCAAACGCACCAUCAACAAGUCCAGGCCAUAUUUUGAACUGAAGGCGAAAUACUACCUAAAACUGGAGCAACUAAAACGUUGCGUAGACGAGCAUCAGGCGAAACUGACCGUCGCCAAGGCAGAAUACCGCACAGCGCUGCGCAACCUAGAGACCAUCUCAGAGGAGAUCCACGCCCGGCGACGCUCCAUCACCAUGGGAACCAGAGGGAGGGGCGUGGGGGCCGAGGGCGAGGGAGGCCAUGAGGACAUUACCAACUUCAAGAUGGAGUCAGACGGACUGUCCAUGGUGUCUGUGACGUUUGAUGAAGAAGGAGGAUCAGAGGAAGAGACAGAAUCACACUCCACUUCCGCUCCCCUCGACAUGACCUCCUCCUCCCAUCAUCCCUCCUCCUCCUUCUUCACCCCCUCUGCCCUCUCUCUCCUCUCCUCGUCCUGUCCCAGUACCAUGGAGGGACCCAGUCCUGGCGGCUGGCUAAGCCCAGAGUCGAGGUGUGGUUCAGGGCAUGACUGUACUCACCUCGGCCCCCGUUCCCAGUGCAGUGGGGCCUCCUCCCCAGACCCAGACUGCGACCAAGAGAGAGGGGACAGAGCAGAGGGAGCAGAGCAGAAGUCGGGUCUGGGUAAGCUGACCCUGACCAUAACACACCCACUGCAUCCCGGGAAGGAUGACCCCAAAGGUGACCCUAAGACGACCUCUAGCCCCGCUCCCAUCAUCCUCCUGGCCAACAGUGAAUAACGGACAGAAGACUUCACCUCUCACAUCGUAUCAUUGACUCAUGACCUUUAAACCUGAACUCUGAACUAUGAGGCUUUCUAUGGACUUAAGUGUUUAUGUUCACCCCAGAGGGAAAUCUGAAAUCAGCCCCUAUUCCAUACAUAGGAAAUAAAGAAUAGUGGAAAUCAGUGGAGGCUGAUGGGAGGAGCUAUAGGAGGACGGGCUCAUUGUAAUGGCUGGAAUGGAAUGAAUGGAACAGAGUCAAACAUGUGGUUUUCAUGUUUGAUACCGUUCCAUUACAAUGAGCCCGUCCUCCUAUAGCUCCUCCCAUCAGCCUCCACUGGUGGAAACAGGGUGCCAUUUUGGAUCUUGUCCAGAACUGAUGGGGAGGAAUCUGGAAGGGGAAGUCAACAUGAUGGAUACCUGGGGAUUGUGGGGGAGCAUAGCCAGCCCAGUCGAUGGUCAACUCCUUAAAAGAUUCGAAGGAAGGGUGUGAAAGAGGCAUUGCUAUGGCUGCAUCCUGUCACAAAUGGUGCACUUCCACACAUCCUGUCAUGGACUUCAAAACAAUGGAAGGGAGUUUCCACUAUUGGUAAUUGUUGGAAUAACCCUGGAGAGAGAUGUUGACUGUUGACUUGUGGUCUCAGUGGGGAUGUGAGAAAGAGGUUAAUGUGGUCUCAGAGGGGAUUCCCCAGAGGGGAUGUGAGACAGAGGUUAAUGUGGUCUCAGUGAGGAUUCCCCAGAGGGGAUGUGAGACAGAGGUUAAUGUGGUCUCAGUGAGGAUUCCCCAGAGGGGAUAUGAGACAGAAGUUAAUGUGGUCUCAGAGAGGAUGUGAGACAGAGGUUAAUGUGGUCUCAGUGGGGAUGUGAGACAGAGGUUAAUGUGGUCUCAGAGGGGAUUCCCCAGAGGGGAUGUGAGACAGAGGUUAAUGUGGUCUCAGUGAGGGUUCCCCAGAGGGGAUGUGAGACAGAGGUUAAUGUGGUCUCAGUGAGGAUUCCCCAGAGGGGAUAUGAGACAGAAGUUAAUGUGGUCUCAGAGAGGAUGUGAGACAGAGGUUAAUGUGGUCUCAGAGGGGAUGUGAGGCAGAGGUUAAUGUGGUCUCAGAGGGGAUGUGAGACAGAGGUUAAUGUGGUCUCAGAGGGGAUUCCCCAGAGGGGAUGUGAGGCAGAGGUUAAUGUGGUCUCAGAGAGGAUGUGAGGCAGAGGUUAAUGUGGUCUCAGUGGGGAUGUGAGACAGAGGUUAAUGUGGUCUCAGAGGGGAUGUGAGACAGAGGUUAAUGUGGUCUCAGUGAGGAUGUGAGACAGAGGUUAAUGUGGUCUCAGAGGGAUUCCCCAGAGGGGAUGUGAGACAGAGGUUAAUGUGGUCUCAGAGGGGAUGUGAGACAGAGGUUAAUGUGGUCUCAGUGGGGAUGUGAGACAGAGGUUAAUGUGGUCUCAGUGGGGAUGUGAGACAGAGGUUAAUGUGGUCUCAGAGAGGAUUUCCCAGAGGGAACAACAGAAGGACAGACACACUGUGACAUCACACCACUGAACCCUAGACUUAUGAUCCCUGAUCCCACAGCACGUGUGGUUCCUCAAUUAAAAGUUUCAAGUUUAUGCCGGAACCGUUUGUGGUCGACGGUGGCAGAUUGUGGUAAAUUGCAUCAUUCUGUCAUUGCACCACACUAUCACAAGGGGGAGUUAGAGCGCUGAUUUUGAUUUCUCUCCCUCUAAAAACAGAUAGAAAUAAUUCUAAAUGACAAACUGGCUUCAUUUACCACGGUGUGAAAGGCGGACAGCCCCUCUAUAUAGAGUUUCUGAAACACAGAGUCCUUCUUUGCUGAUGUGAAGAAGAAGAAACUGAAUGAAAGAGAGUCCAGUGAGGAUCGGGAGGGAAAAAGGUUUCCCAAGUCCUGAGCUAUUUUUUUAUUAACCCUUAUUUUACCAGGUAAGUUGACUGAGAACACGUUCUCAUUUACAGCAACGACCUGAGGAAUAGUUACAGGGGAGAGGAAGGGAGGGAUCAAUGAGCAAAUUUUAAGGGACGUUCUCUUGAUAAGUGUGAAUUGGACCAUUUUCCUGUACUUUUGGGUAUCAGGUAGUAAAAAGUACAUUAUUUUCUUUAGGAAUGUAGUGAAGUAGAAGUAAAAGUUGGCAAAAAUAUAAAUUGUGAAAGUACAAUAAAACGACUUAGAACGUUAAAGUAUUUUUACUUACUUACUUUUACACCACUGUCUCUGAUAUUGGGUCCAGUACAUCUCUUGAUGAUUUCUUCCUCAAAGAACUCUCGAGCCACGAUGAGGAGGCAACAGUGAAUUAUUGUGGAACACAUUGCAGUUUGUGAGGUGUAGGCUACAAUAUUUGAUGUAACUAUUUGCUUUGUAAAUAGCUAAACCUACCAUCAAAAAUCAAAUAGGAUAGGAUAAGUAAUCCCUCUCACCCCCCCCCCUUUAAGAUUUAGAUGCACUAUUGUAAAGUGACUGUUCCACUGGAUGUCAUAAGGUGAAUGCACCAAUUUGUAAGUCGCUCUGGAUAAGAGCGUCUGCUAAAUUACUUAAAUGUAAAUGUAAAUGUAAAUAUGGGCCUGGUCCCUGUCGAGAAAUUGCCUCCCCCCACAAAUGGAGUUUGAGGGGAUGCUUGGGACUCGGCUUGCUUGAUCUUCUUCCUUUUGUUCUGUAGCAAUUUUGAGGAAAUUGCUCAAGGGCCACGGUUGAUUAUUCCGUGGAGAUGACGUUAUUGAAUGCCUCGCCAGCUUCGAUCCAUGCCUGGGCCUUCAGCACGCAACGUUCUUUGUUUGUCAGACAAUCAUUGGGUCGAAACUACAGAGCAGAACAAAACAAGAGAACACACAUGGUUAAUGUUCUGUAAAUGUUGUUAUAUAUAUAUACAGAACCGGUCAGAAGUUUGGACACACCUACUCAUUCAAGGGUUUUUCUUUAUUUGUACUAUUUUCUACAUUGUAGAAUAAUAGUGAAGACAUAAAAACUUUG